ACUCAACAUUCCAUGUAAAUCUACAUAGCAGAUACAUACACUAUAUUAUAAUUAUACAUGGCUGAUGAGAUACCAGAAUUGGCCAAUGGCAGCCACUCCUCAAUUCUUAACAUUAAUGACGACGAACGCAACAGAAAGUAUGUUGGCCCUUCCUCUCCUACCUGCUCUCAGACCUUACGUUUCAUGCAAAAGCUGAUGGGGGAGUUUAUGGGCACAUACCUUUUGCUGUUUGCUGGUUUCGCGGCAGUGGUGGUGAACAAAGAGAUGAAUAAUCUGCUGACAUUUCCAGGGGUGGCAGUGCUGUGGGGGCUAGAUGUGAUGGUCAUGAUUUACACGGUCGGCCAUGUUUCCGGUGCCCAUUUUAACCCGGCUGUCACCAUUGCUUUCGCCACCUGCAACAGGUUUGCGUGGAGACAUGUGGCAGCUUAUGUCUCAGUUCAAGUGCUGGCCUCAAUACUAGCGAGUGGAACAGUUGAAAUAAUAUUUGGGACAGAGCAGCAUCACUUCCUAGGAACACUUCCAUCAGGCUCUAAUAUUCAGUCUCUAGUAUUGGAGUUCAUCAUCACAUUCUACCUCAUGUUUGCUGUCUCUGGUGUUGCUACCGACGACCAAGCUGUAGGAGAACUCAGUGGACUGGCCUUGGGAGCUACUGUAACCAUUAAUUCCCUACUAGCAGGGCCCAUUUCAGGGGCAUCAAUGAACCCAGCAAGAAGUUUGGGCCCAGCAAUUGUUUUCAGCAAUUACAAGGGUAUCUGGAUCUACAUCGUUGGCCCAAUAACUGGGGCCAUAGCGGGGGCCUGGUUCUACAAUAUCAUCAGGUUAACUCACAAACCUUUCAGUGAAAUCCUCAGCAUCAGAUGUUUCCACAGAAACUCGGCUCGUAUAGACUCGAAGCAACAGGGCCAUUAACCUGAAAAGAAAGGGAGAUCUCAGCUUUCUUGUUGACCUGCUUCAGAUGCAGCAUUUCUUUUUGUUUGAAAUUCAAUAAUAGAAGAACACAUACAAUAAUACAUAAAGCCAUUUAGUCAUGAAAAAAGAAGAAAUUAAGUUAAACAAAAAAAGGACAUUAAAUAAAGUCUAUACAUAGUAUGUGCAUGGUCACCUAUCUGGAAAAUAAGUUCACAUUGCCCCGCUCUCUUAUAGACACAGGCGCGAUCAGAUGCAAAGACAUUAUUAGAUUUCAAUGGAAGAAGCAUCCAGACCUCACAGACACCAAGACGUACCUUUGAGCAUGGAAGGCGCUACUCCUCACUCUCCGCACAUUAAUAAUGAAGGCCCUUCUUGUUACUGUGUCACUGUACAGUUUAUGCAUAUGGUAAUUCUCCCAAGAUUUUAAUUGCUUUUACAGUGUAUUCUAGUCAUCCUUUUUGGCUCAAAAAAGAAAAAAAAAUAAAAAGAAAAGAAAGGAAGCAAGGAAAGAGAACCUCUACCUACCUUUCCACUUCUUCCCUGAAAACUGAAUUACUACUUUGAACCCAGCAAGGAGUUUGGGUGCAGCAAUUGUUUCAAGUACGCGAAAAGGCGCUCUGGAUAUAGAUAGUAGGUCCAACAGUCGGGGCCAUCACAGGUGCCUGGGUUUACAAAAUCAUCAGCCUACUUGAGAAGCUCUCACGUGAUAUCACCAAGACUGGAUCUACCCUUAGAAGGUCGGGUCAACACGUAUCAGAUCAAACUGACAACUUCUGCUCCAUCCUGUAUCCCAAAUAGCGUUUCCUUGUGUUUUGCAUUAGCAUAAGCUAGGUAACCUCCUUAAGACAUAACGGCUGAAAUAGGAAAACUAUCUAUGUAGUAUAUACCAUCUGACUCCCAGUUUUCACUGCAAAUAUGUAACCAGGUCACUCCAAUUUUCCACGACUUCAUCUAGCAUUUUGGCAACAAUUUGUUGAUCAACAGUCUAUUUCGAAAAAAGAAAGUGAAGUUUGGUCAAUCCAAACCAAAAACAC